GGGGAACGCGGGCGGGCGCCGUCCGGAGUCAUGCGGAGCCUUCUGGCCGGAGCAAGGGCUACCUUGUGAGCUUUUCUAAAGAAUGGAUUAUGAAAGACUGGCAGAAGGUAUCAAUGGCUCCGUGGCAAUCUCCACCACAGUAGGCGUCGUGAACUUCGGCGUGAUAGAUGGCAAAUCUGAUGUGGGUUCAUCGUGCAGUCAUAGGCAGGUGCUCGAGCGUUCGGACAAGGUGUGUAAGGACCUGGGCUUCACCAACGACUAUUGCGAUGCGACCGCCUCCACAAACAAGUACCUUUGUAACACCAAUGCUACGGCACAGGAACUGUUUGUCAAUCCAAAGAACGGGUCGACAUCAACAUCUUGGAAAUUUAACAUUGCAUUUUUCGACAUAGAGAUGUAUAUGCCCGGCAAUGACACCAGUUGUCCCAAGUUGAACUUGGCAGAUUUCUACAGGAGCAGUCCCAAAGAGCUGCAUGGCCGAUCCGGGAAAUAACGUGCCGCUGACGAGUCCCCGCUUGUUUCACCGUGUUGCAUCUAUUCGGUUCCUCAAGCUUUGGCUGAGACAAACAUGGCGAGU